AUGGGAUAUCCAUUGACCAUUUUGGAAAACCCAGAAAACCUAGGCCAAGUCCUAUUCGGAUUCAAUGGGGCCACUACGAUAUCCCUUGGAGAUUUUGUACUCCCCAUUCAAGUCGACCCUGUCACUCUCAAUGUGAGAUUCUCUGUGGAAGAGGAUCUAUCACCAUACAACGUCAUCUUGGGGCGGUCAAAGAUGCACAAGAUGAAGGCCAUUCUAUCUACCUACCAUCAGAUGGAGAAAGAUGACUACAUCACCGGAGCUUCGGCGGCACCAGAAACCACAGCAUCAACCUACAAGAAGUGGAUAGCAGAAAAUAAUAUGGUCAUGUCCUGGCUAGUCAACUCUAUGACCCCUGACAUUGGUGAAAAUUUUCUGUCAUUUGAUACUGCCAAAGAAAUCUGGGACAUUGCAAAAGAAACUUUCUCAAACAAGGAAAACACAUCUGAAAUCAUCCAGAUUGAAGGCAUCCUCCACGAUUUGCGUCAAGGAAACCUUACGGUAACUGAAUAUUUCAAUACUCUUACUCGUCUAUGGCGUCAACUUGAUACGUUUGAGAGGAAGAAUCAUGGAGUAAAACCUCUACCUAGCCUCAGAGAGGCAUUCUCUGAAGUGCGUCGUGAAGAAAGUCGGAAAAAUCUUAUGAUGGGAUCCCAUCAACAACUGAAUAUGGCAGAAAGCUCGGCUCUUAAGACUCAAUUCGCUCCUUUUGACAACCGUCAAAAAAUUAAAGGAGGUAGACCUUGGUGUGAUCAUUGCAGAAAGCCGGGACACUCAAGAGAAACUUGCUGGAAGAUUCAUGGAAAGCCAGUAGAUUGGAAGCCACGUCAACCACUUGAGAAAGAAGGACGAGGCAAUCAUGUGGCUACCGAUGAACAAUCGCCACAACCUGAAGCUAGCCCUUUUAAUAAGGAGCAAAUGGAGAUGCUUCAGAAACUACUGUCUCCUCUUUUGUCAGUACAGUCACAAACUGGCUCAUCUUCCAACCAGCUCAUUGGUUCCGGAACCUUGGCUCACAAAGGAUUUGGAUUCGGGGAAGACGAUUGGCAAUGCUGAGGAAUGCUCUGGACUCUACAUCCUUAAGGAGCUCCAUGAUCCACAAGAACAACCUCAAAUGGCAGUUGGUAGUAAUUCU